GAAUGCUCGUAAAUCCCCGUAAUGCUUUCCCUUCUUCUUUCCAAUUCGCAGAACAGACAAAACAGGGCUUCUUGACGACCCUGUGAAAGUUCUUUCUCUUUAGUCCUUCCCUGUGCAAAAAGUUUGAAUUUUUCUCUUUUUCAAAGAGAGAGAAGAAAGGAAAAACACGAACCCCACUUCGAAGUUCGAGCUCAAAAUCCCUUCAAAGAUCCCAAGUUGCAAGAAACUAGAAAGGGGAGGAGAUUUUCGCUCGUUUUGAAAGAGAGAGAGAGUACACAGAGAGAACUCUUUUGUCUUCGUGGGGGUUUUCAGGUCGUGUGGUUCGAGAUAAAAUAGUUUUUUUUCCCUCGAGUUUCCGAGAGAAAAAGAUAGAAGGAGGGAGAAAAAUGAGCAAUUGGCUGGGGUUCUCUCUGACUCCGCACCUGAAAAUCAACGAAGACAUCUGCAGAGAAGGCCAAGCGGGUGGAGGAGGAGGAGGUGGCGGGGCAGGCGGUGGCGGUGGCGGUGGCUUUCCUCCUGAUAUUACCGUCAUGCCACUGCGCUCCGAUGGCUCCCUCUGCGUUCUUGAUCCUCAUUUCAGGCGUGCUCCUGGCAGUGAAGAUUGGAGCUACGAGAAUGCCGAUGAUGGGGAAGAUCAUCGAGGCCCAAAGCUUGAAGACUUCUUGGGCUGUUGCUACUCAGGCUCUCCCCAUGGCGAUGAUGAGCCCCAAAAUCAGAACCACCAAGCCACAAGCUCAGCUGGUGCGGGGAUCAAUGUGAACGUAGCUCCGAGCUGCUUCAACACCGGCAACCACCCAGAUCAUCACCAUCAGUGUUACAUCGAGAGCUCGCAUGCCCUAAUGGUUCCAUCUGCUCACCACAACAGCAACGACCACAGAUGUGAUGUCGAUGAUCGCAUGUACCACCACCAAGAACAUGUCCCGUUUGAUGGUGGCGCGAGUGCAACUUGUUCAGUUUCUGGGUUCAAGUUAUGGUUGCGUCAAGCGAACGGGACUGCUACAAGUAGUAGUGGCGGUCUCUCUCUCACCAUGAUGAGCCCUAGCUCUCAUAGUGACAACAACAUCAACAGCAACGCGGGUGUUGGCGCACCGAUUUCUCAGGCACCACCAGUCGGUGAUGGUAGCGUCGCCAAGAGGGCAUCAUCUGCGAGCAACAACAACAAUAACAAGUGCGUCGUUCCUCGUAAGUCUAUCGACACUUUUGGGCAAAGAACCUCUCAGUAUCGAGGUGUCACCAGGCAUAGGUGGACGGGGAGAUAUGAGGCUCAUCUGUGGGAUAACAGUUGCAGGAAAGAAGGGCAAACCAGAAAAGGGAGGCAAGUCUAUCUAGGUGGGUAUGAUAAGGAAGAAAAGGCAGCCAGGGCUUAUGAUUUAGCUGCACUGAAGUAUUGGGGUCCAACUACCCACAUAAACUUCCCGCUGAGCACUUAUGAGAAAGAACUCGAGGAAAUGAAGAACAUGACUCGGCAAGAAUUCAUUGCCCACUUGAGAAGGAAAAGCAGUGGAUUUUCAAGAGGAGCAUCUGUAUACAGAGGAGUGACCAGACACCAUCAACAUGGACGGUGGCAAGCUAGAAUUGGAAGAGUUGCUGGUAACAAGGACUUGUACCUCGGCACAUUCAGUACCCAAGAGGAAGCCGCAGAAGCCUAUGACAUUGCAGCCAUCAAAUUUAGGGGAACGAAUGCGGUCACAAACUUUGAUAUUAGCCGUUAUGAUGUGAAGAGAAUUUGCUCGAGCUCCACUCUAAUAGCAAGUGAUCUCGCAAAACGCUCCCCAAAAGAGGCUACACCAGCCCUUUUCGAUCACGACUACAACUCAUGCGCCUCCUCAUCGUCUCCGCAAGCACUUCUUGCAAUAACCAAUGGCGAGACGUCUGAGGAUUUUACCAACAUGGUGUGGAGUUCCAACAUGCCCGAAAGUCAAGAUCCUCCAACGAUCGCAAACACUACCGAUGGCGAUGCCUUGAUCAUGGGCUCAAGUGAUCAUCAAGAAUCGCCGAUUGCAGUGGCGGGGAACAAGUGUUCGUACGGAAGCUCCGGUGAUUACGGAUGUGACAGCAGAGGCGGCAGGGGCGGCGAAGAUUACUCUCAUGCCUAUUUCGCAAUGCAGGAUCAGAAAUAUGAAGACGGAAGCAACGGGAGCGAUAAUAACGGGGAUAAUAGGCUGGGAAACUUGAGCUCGGCUCAUCAAGUUCCGAUGUUUGCUUUGUGGAAUGAGUAAAGGGGGGCUAAUAAAAGACGCAGAAAAUGGUUCGAAUCAAGGAGGACAUGGCGGAAGCUGGAAGGUAGAGAAUGUCCAGAAGGAUUUGUUUCCAUUAGUAGGUUUGACUUUAAAUGGUCAAGAAUUUCAUGCUAUCUGCAAUAGCUGCAUUCACAUGUCUCGUGUCAAAUAUCGAAUUUGCCCACCAACAUACCUUGACUUGGUGAAAUAAUAUAUAAGU